GUCUUUGUUUCUCUCUCCUCCGUCCUCUGCCUAUGCGUUCUCUUUCUCUUCUUCCAAAAAAACAUCUCUUUACAGUAGAAGAAGCAGCAGAGGUCCCUUCAUCACUCUAAUUUGAUUCUCUAUCUUAUCUUUCUGGUUUUGAUUUUCUUUUUCAUAAUAUUUGAACUCCAAUUUUUGUUCUGCCAAUAUAUUAUCUUAAUUCUUCGUCUUCCGGAUCCACAUUUAAGAUAUCUUGCGCCACUUUCACUCAACCCGCAAAAAUCCCAACCUUCAUAGCCAAAAACAAGGAAAAUUCAGUAAUUUGAAGUUGCGGGCGGUGUAUUAAUCUCGAGCGAAAUGCUAGGGUAUGGUGGAUUGUCAGGGUUUUGCAACCUAUUUUGGGUUUCUUGUGAUUACCCAUCUGGUUAAUCUGUUGAAAUUUUUUGCAUAAUUUCCAGGAUUUGAAAGAGGAUAUGGCCCUUCACAAAAAUCUUCCUCCCAACGAACCGCCUACUGGGAGCUUGAAAUCAUUAAGUUUUUCCAGUAAGGUGAAGGAAAGAGCCCAACUUGUUGAUGCAAAUAGACGCAGCAAUGAAGCUGAAGCGGAUAUUGACCUCAGGGAGGUCUACUUUUUGAUUAUGCAUUUCCUAUCAGCUGGCCCAUGUCACCGGACCUAUGGUCAGUUUUGGAAUGAACUUCUGGAGCAUCAACUCUUGCCUAGAAGAUAUCAUGCUUGGUAUUCAAGAAGUGGUGCUACGAGUGGGGAUGAAAAUGAUGAUGGCACAUCUUUCCCGUUGAGCUACAAUAAGUUGGUGGAGAGGUAUCCUCACAUAGAGAAGGAUCACUUGGUGAAGCUGUUGAAACAACUGUUAAGUGGUGCAGCCUCUUCAUCACAGGGUCUCAUUGGCCAGACUCCACUGAAUGCUGCUGCUGUUCCUACUCUAUUGGGAACUGGCUCCUUUUCACUUUUGAGUGAUGAUGUAAAGAAGGAAGACAAUCAAGUCCGACGCCCACCGGGGUUCAUGCGUUGGCCUCAUAUGCAAGCUGAUCAGGUGCGUGGACUUGGCCUAAGGGAAAUUGGUGGAGGGUUUUCAAGGCAUCAUCGUGCACCAUCUAUUCGGGCAGCUUCUUAUGCCAUUGUGAAACCAUCUACCAUGGUACAAAAGAUGGAAAAUCUUAAGAAGCUUAGAGGGCAUCGGAAUGCUGUGUAUUGUGCAAUAUUUGACCGAUUAGGGAGAUAUGUUAUCACUGGUUCAGAUGAUCGACUUGUAAAGAUUUGGUCAAUGGAAACUGCAUAUUGCUUGGCCAGCUGCCGUGGACACGAAGGUGACAUUACAGACCUUGCCGUGAGCUUCAACAACGCACUGGUUGCUUCUGCUUCAAAUGACUGCAUAAUCCGAGUUUGGCGACUAGCAGAUGGACUUCCUAUUUCAGUUUUACGUGGUCAUACGGGGGCAGUUACAGCCAUCGCCUUUAGUCCCAGGCUGGGCUCUGUUUAUCAGCUACUCUCGUCUUCUGAUGAUGGGUCGUGUAGGAUUUGGGAUGCUAGACACUCUCAGUUCAGUCCACGGAUAUACAUCCCUAAGCCUCCUGAACCUCAAGCUGGGAAAAGCAAUGGCCCAUCAUCAUCAAGUUUUGUUCCGCAAAGUCAUCAGAUAUUUUGCUGUGCAUUCAAUGCUAGUGGAACUGUAUUUGUCACCGGAAGCUCAGACACUCUUGCCAGGGUUUGGAAUGCUUGUAAACCUAGCAAUGAUGAUCCGGAGCAACCCAAUCAUGAGAUGGAUAUAUUAGCUGGUCACGAAAAUGAUGUUAACUAUGUACAGUUUAGUGGCUGUGCCGUCGCUUCUAGAUUUUCUCUCUCUGAUGCCUCGAAAGAAGAGAACCUUCCGAAAUUCAAAAACACAUGGUUUACCCAUGACAACAUUGUAACUUGUUCCCGUGAUGGCAGUGCAAUUAUUUGGGUUCCAAAAUCACGUAGAUCUCAUGGAAGGGUUGGACGCUGGACACGAGCAUAUCACUUGAAAGUUCCUCCUCCUCCAAUGCCUCCUCAACCACCACGAGGAGGUCCACGUCAAAGGAUUCUUCCUACUCCACGAGGUGUUAACAUGAUUGUGUGGAGCCUUGACAACCGUUUCGUGCUUGCUGCCAUCAUGGAUUGCAGAAUAUGUGUCUGGAAUGCUGUUGAUGGUAGCUUAGUCCAUUCUUUAACAGGUCACAGUGAAUCUACUUACGUUUUGGAUGUUCAUCCUUUCAAUCCACGAAUAGCUAUGAGUGCUGGAUAUGAUGGAAAAACAAUAGUGUGGGAUAUAUGGGAAGGAAUACCUAUUCGUAUAUUUGAAAUCGGACGCUUCAAGCUAGUUGAUGGAAAAUUUUCUCCGGAUGGGACAUCCAUUAUUCUUUCCGAUGAGGUUGGUCAACUAUACAUAUUGAGCACAGGCCAAGGAGAGGCGCAAAAUGAUGCAAAGUAUGAUCAGUUUUUUCUUGGAGAUUACAGGCCACUUGUCCAAGAUGCCCAUGGAAAUGUUCUCGAUCAGGAAACACAACUUGCUCCCUACCGAAGGAAUAUGCAAGAUCUCCUUUGUGAUUCAGGCAUGAUUCCGUACCCGGAACCUUACCAAAGCAUGUACCAGCAAAGACGGUUAGGAGCUCUGGGCUUUGAGUGGAGGCCAUCUUCAGUGAGGUUUGCUGUAGGAACUGACAUCAGUCUUGACCAAGAAUACCAAGUUCCUCCAAUAGCAGACUUGGAUAUAUUGAUGGACCCCCUUCCAGAGUUUCUAGAUGUCAUGGACUGGGAACCAGAAAUAGAAGUACAAAGUGAUGAAAAUGAUUCGGAGUAUAAUGUGACAGAGGAAUAUCAUUCCGGAGGAGAGCAAGGAAGUUUGAGUUCCAAUGCUUCUGCUAGCCUUGAAUGCAGUGGAGGAGAUAGCGAGGAUCAAAGUUCUCAUGAUGACAGCAUCCGUAGGUCUAAAAAGAAAAAGUUGAAGGCAGAAGUUGAGUUCAUGACUUCUUCUGGGAGACGUGUGAAGAGGAGGAAUUUGGAUGGUGAAGAGAGUUCACUUAGAAACAAUCGUAGCAGAAAAUCAAGAUUUGGUCAAAAGGCAUCUAAAAAGAAGUCGUCUCAGUCCAAGUCUUUAAGGCCUAGGCGAGCUGCAGCACGCAAUGCUCUAAGUUUUCUAUCCCGGAUAAGUGGAAGAGCCUCAGAUGGAGAAGAGGACAUUAUAGAAGGUGAUUCAUCUGAAAGUUAUUCCAGUCAGCAAGACACUGAUGUUGGAAGUGAAGAAACUGAAGUGUCAUUUGAAAAUGAACAAAAUGGGCAUUUGAAAGGUAAAGAAAUAGCAUCCGAAGAUGUGGGUACCCAUCGGGACAGUCCCAAAUCUCAAAUUCCUAGUGGAAGCAGGAGGUUAGUGUUAAAACUUCCUAACCGUGAUUCAAGAAAACGAUUGGAGUUAGAGAACAGGACAAGUGAUGUAGUAGGUCCAUCAUCUUCUACCCCUCAUGACAUGGAUGAAUCAACUAAGAAUUUCUCUUCCAUUCAUGGAAAUGGCGAAAUUCUUGAAAGGAAUGAGAAUGGUUUAACUACGAAAAAUAUGAAUCAUUUGAGCCUGCUUGAGGGAUACAAAGAUGGAGACAUUAGAUGGGGACGGGCAAAGUCUCGCUCAUCGAAACGCUCAAGGAUUACGGAGCCAAUGCCAUCUGGUGUUAAAUCUGGGAAUGGAUCAUGUCCUGAUGGCAGUUUCAAGAUUGAGAAUGUUGUCAACGAAGAGCCGGCAUUUGAAAAGGAGGAGUUUACAGUUCCCUCUAGUCCUAUUGAUGUCCAAAUUCUCGUUCCAUCUAGUCCUUCGGAUGUCCAAAUUCAAAAGGGGAAAAUGGUCCAUGUAGAGGAGGACCAAGAAAAUAAGCAGGAUAAAGAAACCCCUAUCCCGUUGCAAACAAAAUUGAGGAUAAAGUCUAGAGUCCCAAGAGACCAAGAAUUUCACCCAAAAGUAAAGAUUAGAUCAUCAGUACAGGAAUCAAGAAGUGGUGAAGGUACUGCUUUGUCUGACAGCUCCACCUCUGACGUUCCAGACACAAAAAUGCCAAGUUCAGAUGAUAGGAUUUGCAGAGGUACAUCUGUAGACACUACUCAGGAUGAUAACACUAUCAGCUCUGAUAUCCAAGAACCACAGAAGCCACAUUCACGUGAUAAGAUGUUUAAAGAAGUUUAUAAACGGUCAAAGUCAACUAGGACCAGGACAAAUGUAGGAAUUAAUGGUGGAGGCAUGGAAACAAGCACUUCUAAUGCAGGUAAUAGCAAUCAAGAUGAACGGACUGAAGCCAGAGUCCAUGGGACUCGGAGAAAUGUCAAUUUGAGGGCUGUCCGUGAUGUUUCUGAAGAUACAUCAAGUAAAGAAAAAUCUUCUACUGACGGAGGUGAUGAGCUUCCACAAGACGAGGGUAGAUUAAGUUCAAGACUUCAUGUCGGAUUAAGAUCUACCAGAAGCAGGAGACCCAUUGAUUACAAUCGUAGAAACAGGUCUCCAGAAAGAAAGAAACCACACCAAUCAACAAGAAGUUCGUGGUUGCUGCUGUCAAAUCAUGAAGAGGGCUCUCGAUAUAUUCCACAGCUAGGGGAUGAAGUCGUGUACUUCAGACAGGGUCAUCAAGAUUACAUCAAUGGUAACAAUUCAAGAGAAACGGGUCCAUGGAGGUCAUUGAAGGGAAUCAUCAGAGAUGUCGAGUUUUGUAAGGUCAAAGAACUUGAAUAUUCAACGCGUCCAGGUUCUGGUGAGGGCUGCUGCAAAAUGACCCUACAGUUUGAAGACCUUUCCUCCAAUGUUGUUGGUAAGACAUUCAAAUUGACUCUUCCAGAAGUGACAGGCUUCCCAGACUUUCUUGUUGAGAGAAGUAGGUACGAUGCUGCUAUGGAGAGAGACUGGAGAUAUCGUGAUAAGUGCCAAGUUUGGUGGAAAAACGAAGGCGAAGAAAACGGGAAUUGGUGGGAAGGCCGGAUUGUGGCCGUGAAGCCCAAAUCUGUUGACUUUCCAGAUAGUCCAUGGGAAAGGUUUUCAGUUCAGUACAAAAAUGAUCCAAAUGUGCUUCAACAUAGUCCUUGGGAACUCUAUGAUGCUAGUAUGGUAUGGGAGGAGCCCCAUAUUGAUGAUGAUAUCAGAACUAAGCUCAUUCGUGCUUUGGCCAAACUUGAGCAAUCAGGCAACAAAGCUGAGGAUCACUAUGGUGUUCGAAAAUUGAAACAAGCAUCGCAAACGUCGACAUUUAUCAAUAGGUUUCCGGUGCCAUUGACUCUUGAAGUAAUCCAAUGUAGAUUAGAGAACAAUUACUACAGGAGGUUUGCAGCAAUGAAGCAUGAUGUGGAAGUGUUGCUACAGAAUGCAGAAAGUUACUAUGGGAGAAACAAGGAGUACACCAUAAAGAUGAGACGUUUAUCGGACUGGUUCACGAGGACACUUUCCUCUUUGUAGAACAAGUCUCUUUUUUGUAGAAAGAAAGAAAGAAAGAAAGAAAAAAAAAAAAAGAAAGAAAGAAAGAAAGAAAAGUAUUAUUAUUGAUAUUGGCCUUGUAAAGUCCUCAACCGGUUUUGUUCUUCUGACUCUGCUUCAUUCUUGUAUAGACUUAGUUAUCAUUAAAAAAGACAGACAAUCUUUAAAAGC